UCGUGACCAUUGACAUGUGACAGCGUGACAUUCUGUGACCAAACCUUGCCUUACUGAUGAACUUCAUCAACUUACGAGCACGCGCGUUACUCAUGCGAGGAUGGUAUACAUCGCCUCCUGGCAAGAGUUUCAGGAAGCAGCUGAAAACCUUUACACAAAAUCUCCCAACAAAGCUCGAUAUUGUGUGAAAUGGAGAUCAUCAGAGGGCAAGCUCGUCCUGAAGAUUACAGAUGAUUCGACAUGCAUUAAGUUCAAAACCUACUCCUCGAUCUUCCUCAAUCGAUUCGAGGCUCUGAAUCUAUCACUAAUGCAGAAAAUGCAGAAUAAACGCCCGACGUCAAUUGUACAUGCUCUAGGUGUGCCUGAUACCACUAAGGACGCAGACCAGACGCGCUCGUCGUCUCCGUUCGUUGCACAACCUGCAGGUCCUGCAGCUGGGGGUGUUAAGAAGAAAAAGCCAAAGAAGAAGAAGUAGGCGCAACAUUGCUAUGUGGCUUCUGUGGUUUAUGGGAGCAUAAUCUCCUAAGGUGGAGCGAAAAUGCACAGUUAUUACCAGAGCGAGACCGUCGUUUAUAGAUCUGAUUUGUCAAUAAGCCGUUGGUCGUUUGAACGGCGCAAGGCCUCAAUAUUCAAUGCCCGAUCGAUCAUGAAAUGUUCGUCACCGCUACCUUGUUAACGUCUAGCUUCGGCGUCGCACAGGCUUGCUUAGCACUAAGCUAUAGAACUUACCAAUCAAACGACGGUGCCUUGGAGC